CUGUCUCCUCCUCACCACUCUCUUCCUCUCCUCCCCCUAACCCUCAGAAGGGGACAGAGGUGACCCUUCCCUCUCUGGUACAGGAGUCCCAGCCUCUCCACCCCUCCUCCCCUCCACCAGCCCCUCCCUUCACUGAUGCCAUCCAUCUCUGUGCUCCUCCUACUUCUCAAUCAGAAUCCUCCCUACCAGCCCCAAACUUAUGCACCAAGAUACAGGGACAACAGGGCAUCACCGAUCUUUCUACUCCCUCUAGUGCUUCCCCUAUACCUACCACACCCACCAGAAGUGUCUCUUUGCCUCUAGCUCCAACUUUAGCCCCCUCCAGCCUGACCCAGCCCACUCAGGAGCACAGGGUCCCAGACACAGUGCCUGACCUGGACCCCCUACCCCACACCCUCCUCCAGCCCCUGCCCAUGCCCCAGCUCGAGUCCCACAGGCAAACUAAACCAGGCCAGUCAUGGAGUCUGGAGGAGAGGCCCAGAGUUGAGGAGGACACAGACAGUGAGGAUGACAGUGCUGCUCAACAACAAGGUCACAGGACUCAACCCAGAGCAAGUUUGGGAAACAGAGGCCGUUCUUAUUUAAAUAAGGAGUCUGACUCACCCAAUGAGAGAGAGAGCCAGCCUUCCAUCUCCCACCCACUUGCUGACAGACAGGCAGGCUGUUCAAUCAGCCACAGCUACAAGAUUUCAGAGGAGAUCGACUUGUCCUUCCAGAACAACUUGGGCUCCUGUAACGAGUCGGAGAGUGAAGGGUCAGUACCAGAGCGGGAGGAACCAGGGUGGGCGCCAGUGAGACCCUCUGAGCCCCAGUCCAUGUCUGUUGCUGAGGAGGCAAUGUACAGACCCAAACAGAGCCGCAGCGAAAAGAAAGCCCGCAAGGCCAUGUCUAAGCUUGGUCUGAAGCCAGUUCACGGUAUAACCAGGAUCACCAUAAGGAAGUCUAAGAGCAUCCUGUUCGUCAUCAGUAGACCAGACGUGUUCAAAAGCCCAGCAUCUGACAUCUACAUUGUGUUUGGAGAGGCCAAGAUAGAGGACCUGUCUCAGCAGGUUCACAAGGCCGCAGCAGAGAAGUUCAAGGUGCCCGUGGCCCCUUCCCCCCUGGCUCCCCCUGCCCCCCCCAGCCUCACCAUCAAAGAGGAGAGCGAGGAGGAAGAGGUAUAUCAAAACGUCAACACUGACUAG